UCGUUCAAGUUUUUCUCACAAACAAAUAUUUUAAAAAGACGGGAGGGAGCGAGGAGACAAGUGGGGGUUGCCGUAUUUGUUCAGAAUCCGUCGUCACUGAUCACUUACGCAUCAUUCCUCUUUUCUUUCUCCGGAGACCAAAUCGGAAAAUUGAUUCCUCUCGUUCGCCGUAAACCUAAUGCCGGAAGACUCUUCGUCGAUUGACUACGUCAUGGAGAAGGCAUCGGGGCCUCACUUCUCCGGUCUUCGCCUCGACGGCCUUCUCUCUUCUCCGUCGAAGUCCUCCAUCUCUUCUCCUUCUCACUUCCGCUCCGCCGUUCCGCCGUUCUCCCUGAUCUCCGACCCAGCCGCGCCUAAUCAGCCCUUCGUCAUCGGAGUUACUGGUGGUACUGCUUCUGGUAAGACCACGGUGUGUGACAUGAUCAUCCAGCAACUUCAUGAUCAUCGCAUAGUUCUAGUUAACCAGGAUUCCUUUUACCGUGGUUUGACAUCUGAAGAACUGGCUCGUGUUCAAGAAUACAAUUUUGAUCAUCCUGAUGCCUUUGACACUGAGCAGCUUUUGCAUUGCAUUAAUACACUCAAGAGUGGACAACCCUAUCAAGUUCCAAUUUACGACUUCAAGACCCAUCAGCGUAAAGCUGAUGCUUUUCGCCAGGUCAAUGCUUGUGAUGUCAUAAUUUUGGAAGGGAUUCUUGUUUUCCAUGACUCACGAGUUCGGGAUCUGAUGAAUAUGAAGAUCUUCGUUGACACAGAUGCUGAUGUGAGACUUGCUCGCAGAAUCAGGCGUGACACGGUUGAGAGGGGUAGAGAUAUUGAUUCUGUGCUUGAACAGUAUGCAAAGUUUGUGAAGCCCGCAUUUGAUGAUUUUGUGCUCCCUUCAAAGAAAUAUGCGGAUGUGAUAAUUCCCAGAGGAGGUGACAAUCACGUUGCAGUUGAUUUGAUUGUGCAACAUAUCCACACAAAACUUGGGCAACAUGAUCUCUGCAAAAUCUACCCAAAUGUUUUUGUUAUCCAAUCAACAUUUCAGAUAAGAGGCAUGCAUACACUUAUACGAGAGAAGGACAUAUCAAAACAUGACUUUGUGUUUUACUCAGAUCGCCUCAUUCGUCUGGUUGUGGAGCAUGGUCUUGGCCAUUUGCCAUUCACUGAGAAACAAGUAGUUACUCCAACAGGAGCUGUGUAUAGCGGUGUUGAUUUCUGCAAGAAACUUUGUGGGGUCUCAGUCAUUAGAAGUGGGGAAAGCAUGGAAAACGCUUUACGCGCAUGCUGCAAAGGGAUUAAAAUAGGGAAGAUUCUUAUCCAUCGUGUAGGUGACAAUGGAAUGCAGGUUUGCGCCUUUAACAGUUUACAAAGAUCAUGUCUCUUUUCUAAAACAAAUAAACUUUUAAAAAUUCUUCCUCGCAUUAUGAAUCAGCUAAUAUAUGAGAAGCUUCCAAGUGAUAUCUCCGAGCGCCAUGUCCUGCUUAUGGAUCCCGUUUUAGGCACAGGUAACUCUGCAAGUCAAGCGAUAGAACUACUCAUACAGAAAGGAGUGCCUGAAUCCCACAUUAUAUUCCUCAAUCUUAUCUCGGCUCCAGAAGGAAUCCAUUGCGUCUGCAAACGGUUUCCAUCGUUGAAGAUUGUGACAUCGGAAAUAGAUGUGUGUAUAAACGAAGAGUAUCGGGUUAUACCAGGCUUGGGUGAGUUUGGUGAUCGCUACUUUGGUACUGACGAUUAAAAGUACUUGCUGAAUCUCUGUUUGGAAAAAAAUCCUGCGCAAUGGGUUGUUAUGUCUUUGUGUGUGUGUGGGCAUGAUGAAGUUGCGACCAUAUUAUCAAAACUUGAACACCACGGGAAGGGUUUGAACGUUUGUUUUUCUUCUCCUUUUUUGUACAUAGUUUGAUUUCGAUCAACAGACCCCAUUAUUCCGGUUAACACACUUAUUCAAUGGCGUGUUUCACUC